AUGGCUCCUCGCGCACGCCCUAGUCACUGCGACCCGUUUCAUAUGGCGUUCGACUCCUCAACAAACUACCCUGACUUCGAAAGAGACUUUUCACCUCUAGACGGCCCUCAUUCCUAUCAACUCGGCUCUGGCGGCCUCAGCCUCUUCCUCGACAAACCUGACGGUAGGAUCACCACGAAAGACGGCACCAACAACAAGGUCGCGGAAGGCUCCACUCUCAACUCAACCUUUACUGUCCUCUACGGAAAGGUCACCUACACCUUCUCCGGCCCCGCCGUCCCUGGCGUCGUCACUGCAGCCAUCCUCAUCGCGCUGGAAAGCGACGAGAUCGACAUCGAGCUGGUCGGCGGCCGCCCGACGCAAUGGCAGACCAACACCUUCGCGCCCGCCCUCGGCGAAAACAAACCGCUCUACAGCACCUUCAGCUCGCUCGAGGACUACCCACACGGACACAAGACCGUCGCAGAAUCUCACGCCUACACCAUCGAUUGGAACCCGGAGCGCAUCGUCUGGAGUGUCGACGGGUCGGAGGUCCGGACGCUACGCGCAGACGACACCAGGAAGAACGGCAACUUGCACUACCCGUCGCACCCGGCCCGGCUUCAGUUCGGCAUAUGGGACGCGAGCGCGCCAGCCGGGACGAGCGAGUGGGCGCGUGGGCCGAUCGACUGGGAGAAGUACCCCGAGAGAAUGAGCGCAGUGUUCGAGAGCAUAGAGGUUGAAUGUCCGUACUAG